AAAUAAGUCAAUAGAUAAUAUAUUUUAUGGUACCACAACAUCGACCUGAUGUGAAAUAAACAAAUAAUAAAUGUAAAAUUCCACUUGGCAUGUUAAGGACUGCUACUUUUUUGGCAAUCGGUAUUUGGGAAACUUAAUUAUUUAGUAGUCUAUAUCACACGGUGGUAGAUGUUUUAUUCAGUAAUAUUAUUUAUUCUGCAAUUGUGACGCAGCUACUUUUAUCUGGAAAUAUAUUUGAUUUAAGAUCAACUUUGCUUUCAGCCUUUCUAUAAGAACAAUAAUUAGCGUGUCGCCAUUUUAAGAUUAGUGAAAUCAGUGUUUUAUUCUUUGACUUAUUGGAGUGUUAUUGGUUGUGUUAUUUUACAGGUGAACCAUGACAACGGAAAAAUCCAACAGUAUUCCAUGUAUAGAAUUCAGCUCUCGGGUCAAUUUGCCAAACAAUGAUCAACUUUGUACGAUCGAUGUGAUGAAAAAAGAAUAUGAGCCGUACGCUAAUAGAAAGUUACAACAUCCGAAUACAUAUUUUGGUGCGGUUGUACAUAUAAUUAAGGGCUCAUUAGGAAUAGGAAUAUUUUCAGUACCUAGAGCCUUUAAAACAGCAGGUCUUCUGGUGGGAACUAUAGGGACAUUAUUUGUAGGAAUAUUGUGUACAUACAACGUGCAUUUAUUAGUUCGAGCAUCCCACAUUAUAUGCACAAGGACAAAAACACCUAGUUUAGGAUUUUCAGAAACAAUUGAAGCAGUUUUUCAGAACGGACCAAGAUGGAUCCAACCAUGGGCGUCGUGUGCAAAAUUUUUUGUGGAAAUAGCCCUCAGUCUCACGUAUUACCUAUCAGCAGCAGUAUACGUUGUAUUAAUCUCUGAAUCGUUAACAAAAUUGGUAUCAUUUUAUUACCCACCUGCAGCAGAUUGGGGACUUUAUUUCAAAAUAGCAGCGUUCUGCGUUCUCCUUUGUUUAUGUCAAAUCAGAGAAUUGAACCAUUUGGUACCACUGUCCCUAAUAGCCAAUGUUACUAUUGUCACCGCAUUCGGCAUCACCUUGUACUACAUAGCACUAAAAAUACAAACAGUUGAUGUGAAAGAUAGAGACUUAUUCACAAAUGUUGGAAGUCUUCCCACUUUUUUCAGUACGGUGUUAUUCUCUAUUGAAGGAAUAGGAACAAUAAUGCCCGUGGAAAAUUCGAUGUUAGAACCGAGAUUCGUUGGGACUGUAGGUGUUUUAAAUGUCGCUAUGUUUUGCGUUGUAACUAUUUACACAGCCAUGGGAUUUUUUGGAUAUUUUGCUUUUGGAGAAGAAACUCAUGCCGCCAUAACACAAAACUUACCAAAUGAAGAAUGGCCAGCUCAAGUGGUACAAGCCUGCAUAUCAAUCACAAUGAUCUUAAGUUUUACUUUGAUCUUCUAUGUACCAACUGAGAUUGUUUGGAAGAAAAUUGAAUUGCAUGUGAAAUAUAAAAAGCAAAACAUUUUUCAGGUCAUUAUGAGAGUGGUGACCCUUACUCUAAUUAUUAGUAUAGCUGCAGCAGCAGGAAGUAGUAUGAACAUUCUCAUUGAUCUAACCGGAGCCAUUUUCUUCUCAAUAUUGGGAAUAUUCAUUCCCGCCGUUGUCGAUAUUGUAAUCAACUGGAAUGAUUGGGGUACACUGAACUGGAGUCUUUGGAAGAAUCUAUUAUUGUGUGUUGCAUUUGUAGCUGCAAUUACCUCGGGAACGUACAGCGCUAUAAGAAAUAUAAUUUGAUAAAUUUUAUUUAUUUGAAA